AUGGGCUUCCUGUUGUCAUGUAAACAAGCCUACACCCAAGGCAUUGAUAUCCUGUACUCUACCAACAUCAUCACCAUCCAGACCACGGUUUUACUCUUCUACCUUCCGAUCUCAUCCUACCCAGCCGACUCGCCUGCAAACUUCCCUAGGCGAACCUUCAUUGACACAGAUAACCUGGAGCCCAUCCUCAACAACAUCGUCUCGAGCUGCCGCCAACUACGCAGCCUAUGCAUCAGUCUCAAGGGUUGGUGGCAGGACUAUACUGACCUUAACAUGACGCCGGGAUUACACCUCAUUGACGCCUUUCAACGCUCCCCACACCUACGUGACUUGAGAGUCGAGAUCCCUUAUCGAAGCUGCUUCAAAACAGCCAUUGACAAGUCUACCGUGAAUCAUCCGCGUGAAGCACCGACUACCGGGAUGCCUCAGAUAUCGCUAUGGAGAUCAUUGGACAGCGGGGAGCCCGUGAUGCAGAAUAGAUCGCUUGAGCGGUAUCCGUUUCCGCCGUGGGUGCUGGGGGAUGGGAAUGAAGAGAGUGCUGGAUAUUGGGUUUUGUAG